AUGACUGGUUAUAGUGCAUAUCGAUUGGAUCCCGGUCCACUUGAACCAUCGGUACUAACUCAACAACUUACCCAUAGGUCACGGGAUAUAUGGAAUGGAAGUGUUAAUAUGAUUUUAAAUACGAGGAGGUGUGAUGGAAAAUUUUGGGACCUCGUAAAGAAAUAUCCCAUUCAUCCACGAGUCUUAGAAAUGAUUGAAUUAUCAGGACUAUAUGGUGUUUAUAGAUCAAAUCGACCUUCUAUUGAUCGUAGCUUGAUCACUUCACUAGUAGAGAGAUGGCGUCCCGAGACUCAUACAUUUCACUUUAGAACGGGUGAGGCGACAAUCACCUUGCAAGAUGUAGAAGUGUUGUAUGGCUUACCUGUGAAUGGUGAUCCAGUACUUGGUGAUGAGUCGAUAAGGACCAUAGGGGAUUGGCAAAAUAUUUGUCAAAGAUUGUUAGGUUUUAUUCCACGUCCUCAAGACUUCAACCGUAGUAGCCUCAAGGUAACUGCACUUAAUGCGCAUAUGCUCGAGCAACUACAGUUACCUGACUUGACAACACAAGAAAUGAUCGAUCAAAUGGCUAGAUGUUACAUGUUUUGGAUGAUUGCUGGUAUGAUGAUGGCAGAUACAUCUGGCAACUAUCUAAAGCUUAUGUACCUUCCUAUGCUCGAGGAUCUCAAUGUAGUUAGCUCUUAUAGUUGGGGUAGUGCGACCUUAGCGUGCUUGUAUCGCUUUCUCUGUAAGGCCUCACAGAGUAACCAAAAUGAGAUAGCUGACUUUCUACCACUGCUUCAGGUAUACCUAAUAAUUACAUCAAUUCUUUAUAAAUAUUUCUUCUAG